AUGAGCGAAUACAUAGGGGAUAAUUCGAGGACAGGAAGCAGUGAGGAGAGCGGGACUUUUGACGAAUGGAUCCCAUCAUUUUGCGCACGAUUCGGACAUGAAUACUUCUGCCAAGUGCCCACGGAGUUUAUUGAGGAUGACUUCAACAUGACAGGACUAGGACAAGAAGUACCACAUUAUCGCAAAGCUUUGGACUUGAUACUUGAUCUCGAGGCUAUGAGCGAUGAAGAAGGUCAGGACUCUGAGGAGCCAGUAAGUCGCAGCAUCGUCGAGCACGCAGCAGAGCAAUUGUAUGGACUAGUGCACGCUCGCUACAUCCUGACGAAACCAGGGUUGCAGGCUAUGGCAGAGAAGUUUGACCACAAAGAAUUCGGUACGUGCCCGCGCUACUACUGCGGCGGUAUGCAGAUGCUGCCUUGCGGGCUCACAGACACACUGGGGAAGUUGACUGUGCGACUCUACUGUCCUAGUUGUCAGGACUUAUACUUACCACAGUCCUCACGGCACUUGUGCUUAGAGGGUGCUUUCUGGGGAACAUCAUUCCCGGGCGUGUUUCUCAAGCAUUUCAAAGAACUGGAGGACUAUGUGGACCGCAAAAACAAGGAAACUUACGAAUUGCGCGUGUUUGGAUUUCGUAUCGCGGACGAGGCGCCCUCCGGCACACGCAUGCGCUGGCUGAGGCAGUACCCUAAAACCUCUGAGGAGCAGCUCGAACUCCAGGAUUGUGAGUUCCAAAUUCCAAAGGUGCAAUAA